GUAUGGCCGAGUGACUCUCCAGUUUCGGGGAUAAUUUGUAUUUUCAAUCCACCUUGGAUAUUUACGGAUUGUCGCAGGAUCUUACAACGCAGCUGUACAUACAUCGUUCGGUGACGCCCGGGACUGGCGUCAAGAAAUACCACCCGCAAAGGGCGUCUUCAAGGGAGAAUCCUUUGGCACUAUACGGCUGGGUCCUGGAGGGCGAGGGCCCAGCAACUUAGGCUGCCACUUUUUUCCCAUCGCGAUACCACCGCCAGCCCCCUCCUUGUGUUCUGGCCGCCACUUGCUCUGCCAUAACUGCUCGCUCGCCGCAGGACAAGCCACCCACGUCGUUCGCUUAGGCUGUUCCCCACUCACGUCUUGGGGGCAAAGAACACCGGAGGAUCCGUGCCGGAUCGCAGUUGGGCACGUGAUACGGCUUGGGUCCUGCUGUUGGCUUCGGGUCUGGCCCCGAAGGACACGCUAAAUGCUACCUUAGCCAUGCCCAGUGAGGAGGAUGGGCGUUUCGUGCUCCUCUGUCUAGCAUCAUCUGUGCCGGCGCGAUCCGGCGCCAUGGCAGCAUCGCCCCCCGGAGACCCGUGUUCGGCUCAUGCGAUCGCCCAAUCAGAAUUUCUUGGGCCCAAAUCGGUUGCUGAUUGGUCGGUGAGCAAUGAGAUGAGAUUCAGUCAUCUCAGUCACUCGAUCGACUUCGCAUUCGUGCCUGUGUUGAUUGCUCCAAUCAUGUUCAAUAAAGUGUCGAAAGAGGAGACAUUGUAACGAAACUUGUGGUUGCACACCGGAACUCGGUAAGCCUUUGCCUCGGUGCCUGCUUUGAGCCGAAAUAGUCGAAUUGGUGGAUGCCCCAGGGCGUUGCUGGUGCAGGAGGGACGGAGAACAGAAAAAGC